AUAAGUCCUCUUUCCUCCUGUUCAAAGUCUGGAUCACAACCUUGCAGGUGUGUUGUCUUUGGACCUGGUGCUUGUGAUGAAUGUGAAGGGGCCAGUUAGGAUAGGAUCAGUGGACAGGCUUAGAUGUUUGGAUGUCUUGUUUACAAAAGAAUGAAACCCCAUUUGAACCGGAAUGACUUGACCACAUUCAACAGCAGUGACCUGGUUAACUGGAUAAUUUGCUGAUGGAACCACCUUCAUAUGAGGAAGUCAACAGCCAUUGUUCCAUUCAGACUCCAGGACAAAAUAACCACUCCUCUCCUCCAGUCUAUACCUCCACCCAGACUCCAUCUACACCUCCUCCAACAUAUGGAGAGGCCGUUUACCCAUGUGCUUUUCCUGUUUUGACUCCACCCUCUGGGCAAACUGCUGUGGCUACAUCAUCUGAAAACUCCAGAGUCACAGUCCACCCACUUAUACAAGUUGGUGAACGAGCCUCCAGAGGCAGCAGAGCUCCGACAGUCGCGGUUGUGUCCCAGCCGCAGCCAGUUCCCAUCAUACUGAACAGUCUGAGAGACUCUCCUGGAUUUGUUCGCUGUCCUCACUGCCUCGAGCUUGUUACCAGUAAUGUUACGUAUGUCGCUGGGAGGACUGCUGUGUGCUCAUGUGUCAUUAUGGCAUUAAUGGGGUUAUUCUGCGGUUUCUGUCUGAUUCCACUGUGCAUGAGACGACUGCAAGAUGCACAUCACUCCUGUCCACAAUGUGGCGAGAAACUGUACGUUUAUGAAAGAUGACAUGACCCCAAACCAUGAAGCUCCUGCUUUUCGCCAUCUGUUCAGGAUCUCGUUAAAUAUGUUGCAAAUUUUGCUAAUUAAUUUGUCAUACGACUGCAUCAUAUGCUGCCUACACUGCACUUUUAACUCAAAAUAAAGGUAGCUUCUCUUUGACAAGAAGGGAAAAGUCACAUUUAAGAUUCAUCACAGCAGGAAAGAAAAAUCACACCUUAAUAGUUGCUUGCAGUUAGGCCCCAACAUCCAGAUGACUCUGCACAGAUAAGCAUGUGAAAGCAACGACUGGAAGGAUGUAUGCUUGCCAUACAUCUCAAACAGCUGAUACAGGUUGAUGUGUUAAGCAUUUUAAGGUAUUUUUCAUAAGCAUUCCUAGAUUAUUUAUUGUUGAAAUGCAUAUGGUAGUAGGUGAACACUAAGUGUAUUUUUGAUAUUUUCUAUAAAUAUUUGAAGUUGUUAAAAGCCUCAAAUGAGAAAAGAAGCAGAAACAGUUUUAACAUGUUUGUAACACCUCAGACUGUAAGGAAUAUUAUCUUUUGUCACUUAUUUUAAUUUUACUUUUGUUAUCAAAACUUUAGUUCAGAUUUUUUUAAAUUGAGGUCCUUUGGGGAGGUUUAUGAUGAUGAUGUUGAGUGUACUACGGAGCAAAAAGCUGACAUCUUUCUUUCUCCCUACAUCCAAUGGAUGAUUCAGGUUGAUGCAAUCGAUAGUAGCCACACAGGCAAACCCCCUUUCAGGAAACAAACACACCCAGUAUUGGCUGAGAGGCCAGGCGACUGUACCAAAAGGCAGUUUCAUGUAUGAAGGAGGGUGUGAGCAGCACAUAUAUGAGAGUGACUGACAACUUUAAGACCAUCCUCCUGCCUCUGAUUUGUUUUCUCCUACCAGGAGUGGCGCUUUUCUGCAGAUAGCAGUAAGAUCACAAGGAUGAGGUAGAUUAUUUAUUUAUUUUUCACAGAUUAUCUGCCCCAGGACAUUAUGACAGUUUUAACAGAUAUGUUAAAAUAUAUGCAGCCCCUGGUUAAAAACCAUGUUCUUAAGACCCUUUAAUAUUUGCAAAAUAUUUACAAGGUUGGUUUUAUGUAUAUCAAAAAUGUAAGUUUGUUUUCUUUCCUGAAUAAAUACAUUAAAGAAGUAAAUGCAUCAAAGUGUUUUGUAGAACAGUUGCUGCUAUUUCAUUGUUUAAAUUAUUGGUAUUUCCACUCUUUAAAACAGUAUUAUGCUGGUUUAGGUGUGGUUGAAAUUAGUGAAUGAAAAGGGCCGUGUGAGACGGAGAGGAAGACGCACACCGUCAGAUCUGUGCACCGGGAGACUCCACUUGAUUGAAUGUUUAAAACAAGUUUAAAAUCAUCUAAGAAAAGACAUAAAACAGCGAUCAGUGCCGCAGGUCGUGCAUUUGGAAAGUGGAUUGCCCGGUGCAAGAGGAACCACCGAAGGGAAAGAAAAGACGCUCCUGGUGAGAGCUGGACUUUACUUUUGGUGGUACCACUCUUUUUCAUUUGUUUUUGGGGGGGUUGAGGUUUUGGACAUUUCAUUUUGGAUUGGGACUUUGGAUUGAAACGGAGAACUGCUUCCAGGACUCUGUUUGUUUUUUGAGGAUACGGGACUCUUUUGUGGACUUUAUUCUCAUAAAAAAAGAACAAUUUGGACAUUCAGUUAUUUUUUUGCUAACUUAAACUGAGUGAUUUAGGGUUAGGGUUCCCUAUAGUUAUCAAUACACACAUUAG